AUGGCCUUUGAGAACGGGCGGAUCCAGCAACUCGACAGCAAUCGCACCAUGUCGGCCUUCUCGUCGUCGGACGGCGCCGCGAGUGGCCAUGACAGCGACGUGGACUCGGGCUACUCCAAGAGCAUCGAAUCUGCUGAGAUGGGCUCGGAUACGGCGCCAAGCACGCCCAAGACGGACGAUGUCUCCGAGGAUGGCACGUCCACGGACGACGAGCCGCUAAGCGUCUUCCGCGAAGGCGUCCGGAAGCGCAAGACGGCCCGGCACGGCGACGACGACGAGGUCGCCGACACCGAGUCCGAGGAUGAGUCGGCGCGCCAAGAGACCUUGCGGGACUACUCAUACGAAGGCGAGCUCGAGAUGCUGCAUGUGCCCCGUAUGGCGUACCCAUUCCCAUCGUACCUCCGACAGAUUGCGAGCGAGAUCACGUCGACGCCCGAGAGUGCACACCAACACCCGCUGCUGUCGUCGCCAUCGUCCUAUAUCGCGUGCCAAAACCUCCCCUUGUACCUCCACCGGCGCCUUCCCACCCACACUACACCGACCGCCCGCAAGCGCGCCCGCUCGUUGAGCUACGAGAGCGACGUCGAUGGUCUCAGCGACGCGUCGAUGCUGAGCAGCCACGACGACGACUAG